AUGGUUCAGGUGCAAGAUGAAGUCGUGGGCUUGAAGAGCGCUGAGCAGGCUGGUCUCAGACCUGCACCGACUGGGCUUGAAGGCGAGGGGACAUUGCAAGAUGCUGUAAGAGACCUAAUAACAUCCUACCACGACCUCAACCCCUCCACCAUCGAUAUUCUCCAUGAAGAGCCAUCACCACUCCAGUUCAUGCGACAAGUCGCACGCAAUCGCCCUUUCGUAAUCCGCAACGGAGCUUCAAGCUUUCCAGCCCGCAAAAAAUGGAACGCCCAAUACCUCCAAGAUGUCAUGUACGGCCAAACCGUAAACGUAGCCAUGACACCCCACGGCAACGCCGAUUCAGUUGUUGACCUCCUCAGCAGCGGUUCCCUCUUCGUCAAGCCUCACGAAACCGACGAGCCCUUCAAAGCCGUCUUAACCAAAAUCCAACGUCAAGAAAAUGAUAAAACGUACGCUGGCCCAACACACUACGCUCAAACCCAAAACGACAAUCUCCGCAACGAAUACGCUACCCUCUUCGCCGACGUGCCCGACUCCAUCCCCUUCGCCCGCAUAGCCCUCGAGCAGGAUCCCGACGCCAUCAACUUCUGGCUCGGAAACUCGCAUUCUACCACCGCUCUGCACAAAGACAACUACGAAAAUAUUUACGUGCAGAUUCUCGGUAAAAAGCAUUUUGUACUCCUACCGCCGGUAGAGGCGGCUUGUGUGAAUGAGAAGGCUGUGCUCGCGGCUACGUAUCGACCUAAAUCAGUGGUAUCUGGUGAGGAAGAGAAGGGGCAACUUGUGAUUGCGGUGGAUGAGCCGGAGGAAUAUGUGCCGUUUGCGACAUGGGAUCCAGAUGUACCACUUGUUAAUCCGACGCCUUAUUCGGAAUACUCGCAGCCUCUGCGUGUGACGUUAGAUGAAGGCGAUAUGCUGUAUUUGCCUGCGCUCUGGUAUCACAAAGUAAGUCAGAGCUGCAAUGAAGAAGGAAUCUGUUGUGCUGUGAAUUACUGGUACGAUCUUGAUUUCAGCGGUGGAUUCUGGAGUACGGCGAAUUUUGUGAGGAGUACUGGGCUUUUGUCUAUGGUGGGAUAG